GCUGCGCGUAAAUGGGAGGGUGAAGCUGGUACAAAAUAUUUGACCGACUCACUAAAAGCAUCUAAAAUGCUUAAAGAUAUACUAAAUCAACUUGUCACUGAAUGUAAUAUGAGAGAAAGCAUCGCAAGAAAAUUACAAGCGGUAGGAAUUCUGCACGGUGCAAACAGGAUUCAAAUCAUAACAGCUGAUCUUCCUAAAGGGAAAGUCCGUGAAGUUUCUGGUCGUCUAACAAUGUCUAAUCCGCUCAUGUUCGUUUUGAAAGAAAUUUUAUAUGCGAAAUCCAUAAUCACACAUACAUUGGAUAUUAUCAGCAAAAAAUAUUUAGAUAUUGAUAAGUUGCUUGAUUCUGACGAUGAAGAUGAUAUGCCUAUUGUUGAUUUGGUGGAGACAUUUGUAACCCCAAGGCCAACAGCCACCGAUUUUACGGCAGAGAUUAAUAGAUUAAAGGCGUUAAUCAAUAAUUUCCACAUUGCUUUGAUCAAUUAUCGUGCUUUCUACUGA